AUGGGAGAAUAUAGUGCUGUAGAGGACUUAGGCACUGAGCAGAACGACUCCUUCAUGGGUAUUGAUGCGCAUAAUAGGUUCAAUGACUUUAUGACCAUCUUAUUUUUCAUCCUUAUGAUUUUGGCCGCUGGAAUUUCAGGAUUAUUUGCGCCAAGACAAAGACUACUUCAUGGUUUCCCACAACUCAUCGAAAGUGGAAAUACUAAGAGGUUGCAGUUAAAUGUUACACGAAUUACACCAGCAAAUAUGUACUACAAAGCGUAUUUAAUGUUGAAUUACUUUCCAAGUCAAAAAAGAGUAAAUAUCAAUCUCGAUAUAAACGUAAGUUACGAAUGUUACGAAAAAGGUAACAUAUCAUGGUCAAAUUCAAAAAGAUUUUAUCGAACUUGGAGAUUCAACGAAAUCGAAAAGCCACAAAACUUCUUGAGACUUGAUAUUGAAAGUGCACGCUUUACGGAAUGCGAGGAAAUGAGAUACGAUGUAAAUUAUUCAAAACAUGAUAAAACUUUUUCUUCGGCUUUGAUGAUUGAGCAAGGUAAUAACGCAUACUAUGCAUUCAUGUCAAGCGUAAAAUUACUGUUUUUCCUAUCAAUUACGCUCAUUAAUUUUUGGUUUGACAAAAAGAUUCCAAAAAUUACAGAAUCUUCAAUUGCUCCUCAGCAGAGAUACACGAGAUACCUUUUACGAAUAGCCAUUAUCUGUAUUUUCCCUACGAAUAUCCUUACAAUGCUGUUUUUAACAAGUUUUUCGUUAUUAGUUGACAUUCUUGCAUUUAAUUUCUUAGUGGCAUCGAUAGCUCUAUUUUCUCUUUACAUUAUUGAUGAUUUACAGUAUCAAAACUCAAAAAUUUACAAAUCAUAUUUCAGAAUCAAACUUUUUUAUGUGAUUAUCUACUUUUUAGUAGGUUCAUUACAAAGUUUGAAGGUUCCUUAUAACAUCAAAAUCAAUAUUAGUGUUGUUUAUUUCUUUGUUCAUAUGUUUUUGAUUGUUUGGUUAAUUUACAUCAUAAUUAAGGUUUAUAUUCGAGUCAGUGGUGAUGAAUACUACAAAGUUCGUAUAUAUUCCUUUGUUUGCAUCUUCACGGAGCUUAUUAUUCUUAGUAAUGGCCUUGGUUUCUUAAAUAAGAAAUAUAUUGCAAGUUCGGCAAUGCCGCAGAUGCUUAUAAAUUCCGUGGUCGUGUUUUAUGUCAAUAUUAUGGCAUUCUUCCAUUGGCCAUUCGAUAAUGCUCGAGAUAGAGAAUAUACAACAGAUAAUAUGAAAGAUAAUAUGAUUGAAGACUUCGCUGAUGAUCUCAUGAUCAAGUCUAAUGAUAGCGAUCCAUUCGCUAAGCAAGAAAACCUUUCAGAUCCUUCAGGAGAAUCUGAUUCUCAACUUGAAGCGACACCCGCUGAAACAAAAUGA